CAGGGCAGGAGUUGCGUGCUCCUUCGGCUCUGGAUGAGGGGGAGAAGGAAGACAGCAGGAGCAGGGGAGAAGGGGGUGCUGAGGAGUGGCUAAGCUUUCCCUGGUGGAAUUCGACCUGCAAUCAGCUAUGUGGAGGAUCAUUUUCCUGUGGGGCUGCAUCCUUCUCCUGCCUAGCACAGCUGGAAUGCCUGCAAUGCUAAACUAUGCUGUGGCAAUACCAUCUCAGCUCUACUACCCCUUCUCAGAGACAGUGUGUCUCCAGCUCAGCAGAGAGCAAGCAGUCCCAAUCCAUGUGUCGGUCACCUUGCAAAGCAGAGCUGGGAAUGAGACUCUGAUCACUCAGUCCAUCUCUCAGUUCCCUUUCUUUCAUUGCACAAGCUUCCAGGUCCCUCCUCCUGUUGGAAACCUUGAGGAAGUGGCUUUUGUUGUUAUCACAGUCAUGGAAGCCAACUCAGAGUUCCAGAAGAAACAGAAAGUCCUAAUCAAGCAUGCAGACAAGAAGACUUUUAUCCAGACAGACAGACCUGUGUACAAACCUGGACAGAUUGUCAAGUUGCGGAUUGUGACCUUGGAUCAGAACUUUAUUGCCAGCAGUGAAACACAGCGCCUGGUGGAACUGAAGGACCCCAAAGGGAACCGAAUUGCACAGUGGCUGGAUGUUACACCCGUGGGAGGCAUUGUGGAUCUGUCCUUCCCGCUGGCUGCAGAAGCACCGCUUGGAGAGUACACCAUCAGAAUGCCUGGCCUCACACGCACCUUCAGGGUAGAGGAGUAUGUGCUGCCCAAGUUCAGUGUCUCCAUCCAGAUGCCUCAGGUGGUCACCAUCCUAGAGGAAAACUUCCCUCUCCACGUCUGUGGCAUGUACACCUAUGGGAAAGCAGUCCAGGGCAGCGUGAGGGCUGUGGUGUGCCGUAAACACAUCCGCUAUAACCGGAAGUCUUCCAAAGCCAAGCGCAGCAUCUGUAAGGAUUACACCGGCGAGACAAAUGAGGACGGCUGCUUUUCCACUGAAGUGAAUACUAAGAUUUUCCACCGGAAGCAUGGUGAUAAUUAUGAUUUCAAUCUGGAGGCUGAGGCUUUUCUGAAAGAAAGUGGAACAGGAGUGGAGUUCAACACCACUGAAAACUGCAAGGUCACUUUUGAUAUCACAACUCUCCAGUUCUGGGGGACGAGCUACUACUACCAGCAAGGAGCUCCCUACUAUGGAAAUCUGGAACUCAGAAGUGCCAGUGGGACACCCCUGAAGAACAAGAAGGUGAUUCUUACCGUGUCCUAUGGGAGCAGGAAGCAGACCAAGACCUACCUCACAGAUGACACUGGGAUGGCCUCCUUCGUCUUAGAGACAUCAGCAUGGGACAACAGCAGUAAAGUUAUAUUACAGGCAAAGUCCCAGCCGGAGGACGUGAACAGUCGAACCGUGAAGGUUUCUUACGGCACGGCAUCGCUCCCCAUGAGGGCCUUCUACUCCUCCAGCCGCAGCUCCGUGAGGAUCCAGCCCGUGCAGGCAGUGCCAGCCUGUGGGGAUGUGCAGCAGGUCACUGUGCACUACCACAUACUCAGCACAGAGCUGGGACUCCGGGCUGCCAGGGCACGCUUCUACCACCUGGUUAUGGCCAGAGGGUCCCUUGUGCAUCAUGGCCAAACAACAGUGCUUCUUGAUCCACCAUCAGGUCAGUACAGUGGGGCUUUCAACAUCUCUCUGCCCAUUGACCUCAUUUCAUCCAUGGCUACCCUCUUUGUUUACAUUGCCUUCCCUGAGGGACAAGUGGCAGCUGACACCUUCCGUCUGAAAGUCUCCAGCUGCUUCAGGAACCACGUGGAGCUUGGCUUCUCAGAGGCAGUGGCUCUCCCAGGAUCGACUGUCCAUCUCCAUUUGCAGGCUGCACCAGGCUCCCUGUGCAGCAUCCGUGCAGUAGACAAAAGUGUCCUUCUCCUGAGGCCAGAGGCUGAGCUAUCCAGGGAUAGUGUGUAUAAUAUGUUCAGCUAUGCUCAGGAGCAGCUCAGCACCCUCACAGAUAUCUACAGUGACUACUGCACCAUCCAUAAGAGCCCAGGAAUCACUGAUGCCUCUCAGACAACCCCUUCACCAGGAAUGAUGUCACCGUUCAUGUACAACAGAUACUCUUAUGCAGUGUCCCAACCAGAUGUUUAUGAACUUCUGAAGAAUGCAGGUCUAACAUUUUUAACCAGCCUUAAAAUCAAGUCUCCAAUUGAGUGCCGCACCCAGACCACUUUUGACUACGACUACAUGUCUUUUGAUGAGCUGGCAGACUUGGAGAGCUUGUACCCAGAAGCAGAUGUUGCUGUUGAAGCUGCUGAGGCAGAGCACACCGAGCUGGGCAGCGAGUCAGCGCCAGCACGUACCUGGUUCCCAGAGACAUUCAUCUGGACUCUGGUUCCCAUCAAUGGUUCAGGAGCUGCUGAGCUAGCUGUCACAGUACCUGACAGUAUCACAGACUGGAGAGCCAUGACCUUCUGCACCUCGGAGAGCCAUGGCUUGGGAAUCUCAGAGACCACCAGCCUGCGGAGCUUCAAGCCCUUCUUCGUGGAACCCACUUUGCCCUAUUCUGUUUUCCGGGGAGAGUCGUUUCCCCUGAAAGUCAAAGUCUUCAGCUACCUGAAGCAGUGCAUGGCACUCCACCUUAGCCUAAUGGACUCCAAGGAUUUUGAGUUUCUUCAUGAAAAUGUCAAGUUCACUCUUUGCCUGUGCCCUGAUUCAGCAAAAACAUUUUCCUGGGAUGUGAAGGCUACAAAAUUAGGGAAGGUGAAUUUCACUGUCACUGCUGAGGUGGUGGAGCAGGAAAAUGUUUGCACGGAGCGUACAGCUGUUGUGCCGGAGUCCGGAGGGAAGGACACAGUGGUUAAACACCUGCUGGUGAAGGCAGAGGGGCAGCUGGAGGAAAAGACCCACACCUCACUCCUGUGCCCUGAAGGAACUUCAGCUUCAGAGACAAUCUCUUUCACUAUGCCAGAGAACACUGUCCUCGGGUCAGAGAGAGCCCACAUCUCUUUCUUAGGUGACAUUAUGGGAACAGCACUGGACAACAUAGACGAGCUUCUCCAGAUGUCCAGUGGCUGUGGUGAGCAGAACAUGGUUCAUUUUGCCCCAAACGUCUUUAUCACACGAUACCUUGAAGAAACAGGACAGCUGACUCCAGAAAUCAAACAGAAGGCAAUUGGCUACCUGGAAAGCGGAUAUCAGCAGCAGCUCCUGUACAAGCACACAGACGGCUCAUACAGUGCCUUUGGGGAAGGAAGUGAGCCAGGAAACACUUGGCUUACUGCUCUUGUCCUGAAGACCUUCAGCCAAGCCCGGGACUUCAUCCACAUAGAUGAACAAAACAUAAAGGACGCUGCCAGUGCCCUGAUUAAAAGUCAGACUCCAUCUGGCUGCUUCAAGAGCGUGGGGAAGCUAUUCAACAAUGGUCUGAUGGGUGCAGUGGAGGAAGGCCUGGGGCUGAGCUCUGUGAUUGUGAUAGCUCUCAUACACUCGGGGAUGCCUCACUCCGACCCAGUUGUGGGGAAAGCUCUGAAGUGUAUAAGGGAUCUGGUCCAUGCUGAUACUGGCAGUCCCAACCUCUACAGCCUGGCACUGGCUGCAAACGCCUUUGCAGUGGCAGGGGACAAGGCCCUCAGGCAGAAAAUCCUCAAAAGAUUGGAUAAGGCUGCCAUAAUAUCAGGUGACCAAAUAUUCUGGAGUCAACAGUCCAAACAGGAAGAAGAUUCCUUAUCUUGGUAUCGGGCUCCAUCUGUUGAUGUGGAAUUGACAUCUAGUAUCCUCAUGGCUCACCUUACAAAAUCAAGUUUGUCAUCAGAUGAAAUCAAAAAGGCAUCCAAAAUUGUGUCUUGGCUCACCAAGCAGCAAAACCCAUAUGGAGGCUUUGCUUCAACCCAGGACACGGUUGCUGCUCUGGAAGCCCUAGCCCUGUAUGCAACCAACAUCUUCAGCAAGGAUAGCCCUGAUCUUCAGGUUUCUCUCACUUCCAAGGGGUUCAGCCAAAACUUCCGAGUAGACAAAAGCAAUCGCCUCCUGCUGCAGACAGUGGAGUUGCCAGCCAUUCCCCAAGAUUAUACCCUGCGUGUGCAGGGCCAUGGGUGUCUUUUCCUGCAGGCCAUUCUGAGGUACCACAUCCCUCCCCUGAGGAGCGAGGCCACCUUUGCCGUAUCCGUGCAGACAGAGUGCACCGUGCCUGAUGCCACCCGCUUCCCUGUCACCAUUCGUGCCCGCUACACAGGGAACCGUGUGUCCACCAACAUGGUCCUGAUCCAAGUGGAGCUGCUGUCUGGAUACAGCCCCGUGGCAGGUUCACUGGAAGAGCUAAAGAAAAUGCCUUUAGUGAAGAAAGUUGAAAGCAAAGCUGACCAAGUCGUUCUCUACCUGGAGGAACUGACUAGACAGCCUCAAACCUACACUUUCCUGGUGGAGCAGGACAUGCAAGUGAAGGAUCAUAAACCAGCCAAUAUCAAGAUCUAUGAUUACUAUAUGCCAGAAGAAACUGCAGUGAUGAGCUACAGUGUCCCGUGCAAGUGAGGAAUAGGGAUAGAUUCCACCCCUGCAGUCUCUCCCAUCAGUCCUUUGUCACCCCUGCCAACUGUCAGCACAUGGAGAUAUGAAGAAAAGAGAAAAUGCUUGGAAUUUCCUGCUGAGCAGUUAGUUUCUGGAAGGCUCAGACUGCGUGUGGCAUCUUAUUAAAUGUAGAAGACUAGAACUGUCUGAUUGAAUGAUUAUUCAGGUUCACUGUUUUUCUCCCAAAUGAGGAAAAUUGCAUUUAAGAGCAGCUGGGAAAAAUAAACUCUCUACCUUGCUCAUGUACAAAACUCUGCCCCUCCAGGUGCAGUCAUGCACAGGAGGAAAGAGAACAUUA